GAACAACUGAAAAUAGAACAAACUUUUGUUUCAAAACCUCGUUAAACGUAUAAGUGGUGAUUGUUCGGGGAGUUGUGAAUACUAAAGUGAUAAAAAUUGACUUUUUCAGUUAUAAUUGUGUCGUGGUGGAAUUUGAGGAUUCCAUGUGAACCGGCAAUUUGUAAAUGAACUUGCUGGGGAUUUAUCGAGCAAAUUACGAGACGCCAUGCAUUCAAAACAGCGAUAAUUAAAGCUCAUAAAUCGGCGUUCAACAGCCCUGCAAAUCAAAUCGGUGGUCCUGGGGUAGCAGAAGCACAACCCGUUCGGCCCCCACAACCCCCAUCGUAUCCAGCGCUCACCUGGCCCACAGGAGAGUAUCGUAGCGGCCAGCCGUAACCUCAGAUCCAAAACAGUGGCGCAGUCAGCCGAGGCAGUGGCGUCGGCGACUACGCUAUGCACGCCAAUGUUGGGUGUGACAGAAACUCGUGGCGGCUGCCUCCCGACGAAACGCUUCAAGUGGCCGACCCCAAGGCCAAGAAGGCUGAGGUAGGUGACGAAGAGGAGCUAGCAUUGCACGAGGAUGAGGGUCACAACUGGUGGUCGAUUAUAUUUUCCUUAUUGGUGAUAGGCUUAGUGAUAUCUGGAAUAGUAACCGCCAUUUAUUUAGCAGGAUACGUCGACGAACUCCUCUAUUGGCAUGGCCAAAGAAUGCAACUAGAGGAAUUCUUACAGGACGAAUUAAAUCCCAAAAGAUUACCUUCGACAUGGAUAUCUCACUCCCACUUCGUUUUUCAAGCUGAUGAUGGAAGUUUGGCUGUUUUAGAUACUAGUAAAAAUUUUACAAUUUCGAUUUUAGUAACUAAUCAUACUUUGAGACAACUGAAUGUAAGAGGAUAUCAGUGCUCUCAUGACCUUAAGUUCGUGCUUUUUCAACAUAAUGUUAAAUCAGUAUACAGACAAUCCUUUACGGCGCACUACACCAUCUAUGACGUAUCCAAAGACCAUUACAAACCACUAGCGUUAUCAGAUGUACACUUAGCUCAGGAAUUAAGAUCAAGUCAUCAUAUUCCGGUCCGGUUAGAAGUGUCACCGAAAGUUCAGCCCGAGCGUCUUCAGUACGCUAGGUGGUUAGGUCUUACUACUUCCCUUCUUCUAGUGUUUAACAACGACAUCUACCUGAGAAAAUCGCCGACCGACGAAACGGACACCAGGUUAACGGACUCGGGGAAACCCGACUUAGUAUACAACGGCAUCCCUGACUGGUUGUACCAAGAGGAUGUGUUGCAAAGCCAGGAGGCCUUAUGGAGUUCCUACGACGGUACUCACCUAAUGUAUGCCACUUUUAACGAUAGCGACGUAGGUAUUUUAAAUUUUCCUUGGUUCUCGACCAACAAGGCACAAACUGCGCCUCAUUCCUUUCCUGGUUCUAGGACUGUUAGAUACCCCACGCCUGGAACUACAAACCCCAGUGUUGACUUAUGGAUAUUAGAUAUGUCCAACACAUCAGACCUGCAAAGGCAUCUUGUUCUUCCACCAAAUGCCUUAAUAGGACAAGAUUACUAUUUAACAUCCGCAGGCUGGAUAGGUCUAAAAAAUACCCAAGUAUCAGCAGUGUGGAUAAACCGCGCUCAAAACCUUAGUAUAGUAUCAUCUUGUUUGGCACCAAACUGGACGUGUAUUGAGACUCAUGCAGAACGAGCCCUGGAAAAAUCGUGGCUGGAAAUCCAGGAACACCCAGUAUUCUCCCCGGACGGCGAUAGUUUUCUGAUACUGGCACCAGUUAUGGAAGGCAGCAAGGAAUCCUACACGCACAUAAAACACGUUUCCGUUACGCAGCAACACAUAGCUGUGAUUAGUCAUGGUAGGCACGAAGUUCUUAAAAUUUUGUACUGGGACACGCACAGUCAUCUAAUAUACUACCUUUCAACUGAGGACCAAAAACCAGGUCAAAAACAUCUCUACGUCGUCCGGGAUCCAUCCACUGAUGAUGCUCGACGUUUAGAAUCACACUGUAUCACGUGUGAUUUGGGUGAUUUUUUAUGGAGUAGUAGAUAUCUGUAUGGAAAUUGUACACACUAUAGUGCUUUGAUAAGUCCUAGACACCAGUCUUCGAACGCAUCCUACUACAUCCUUCAGUGCGAAGGACCAGGUCUUCCAUUAUCCGGGAUGCACAACGCGCAGACCCACAAACUGUUAAAAAUAUUGUACGACACCCGACCGCAAAAAAUGCCGUUGCUCGAAAGGUUCGCAAUGCCCAAAAAAAAAUCCUUCGAGGUCCCUCUGCCGCAAGGAUCUAGAGCUCAGGUGCAGCUUUUUUUGCCGCCAUCCUGGAGGGAAGAGCUCAGGGAUGCUGCCUAUCCUGUUAUAGUUGAAGUUAAUGGUAGGCCGGGUAGUAAAGCAGUUACAGAGCAAUUCAAAGUAGAUUGGGGGACUUACAUGUCUAGUCAUUGCGACGUUGUCUAUGUUAAGUUAGAUGUUAGAGGCGCUAAGGGCCAAAGUGAUGGAGCUUUGUACCGUAAACUUGGUGGUGUGGAAGUUCAAGACCAUGUGACGGUUUUGGAAUACCUGUUAGAUAAUCAUAAGUAUUUAGAUAGGACAAGAAUAGGUCUUUGGGGAUGGGGGUUUGGUGGUUACGUUACUUCCAUGGUUUUAGGUUUAGGCAAUCAACAAAAAAUUUACAAAUGUGGAAUUGCUGUUAGUCCAAUAUCAGAUUGGUUAUAUUAUAAUUCAGCUUUUACGGAGAAAAUCCUUGGACUUCCAACAGAAAAUUAUAAAAGCUACGUGGAAGCAGACGCGAGCCAAAGAGCAAAGAACAUUCCAAAAUUGUCUUUCUACCUUAUACACGGCUUAGCCGAUCUGGUGGUGCCCUACCAGCAUGGUAUCUCCCUAGCUAGAGCCCUCUCCGAAGCCGGUGUCCUCUUUAGAUACCAAAGUUAUGCUGAUGAGGGCCACGAGCUGACAGGAGUAAUAGAGCAUGUCUACCGUUCCAUGCAAUCUUUUUUCGAAGAGUGCCUUAACCUGGACACAGAAGAAAAGGAGAAGGAGAAACGAGCCAAAUUGGAAAUGGAAAACACAUGAAAAACGCUUCUUAGUUAUAUACGACACUAUCACCACGUUAUAGCCUUUAAAAGACUGUUCGCGAACAGCCCCAAUACCUCCCACCCUCGGCCACGAGCGAACUCAAAAGAUCGAUUUCAUUAUAUUUCUAAGGGUUAAUCAACAAAGUUAAAGUUAUUUAUUAGCAAUAAAUCAGAAUAAAAAGGUUCUUUGAGUUUUGUUAAUGGCAAACUCCCCCCUACCCCCUCGGUUUCACUGGCUGUGGCUGUGAAGUGAAAACGAACAGAUAGUGAGAAAAGCCGCUGUUUGGCAGGCAAACAAGCAAUCAAUAAUGCUGUGCAACAAUGAUUCCCAGUACAGAUAUGACAACACGAAAUGAAAGUACUAGAACUAGCUAUUAUAUCAUAAAAAAACAUACGCGGUGGAUCAAAUUGGAUCAACAUUUUAUUUUGGGCCAUUGGACCCACAUUUAUUUUCAUUACUCAGCUUUAUAUGUCCAUCAAACACUGUAAUUUGAUGACAUAAGACGUACCUAAACCGUAAAAAAUAAAUUCUGCUACAGUUGUAGACCGGACUUUACAAAAAGAGAAAACCUACGCAGGUAACUUUUUUAGACUUUUGUAGCUUAGUUUUAUUAAGGAUUAAAAAAAUGCGUUUUAUUGACGAAGAAAUAAAGCCCGGUCUACAAUUGUCGCAUAAUCUUUUACCGCUUACGUCUUACGUUAACCAAUCACAGUGCUUGAUUCAUUGACGUAAGACGUAAGCAGUAAAAUAUACAUUCUGCGACAUUUGUAGACCAGACUUGAGGCUUAAAAAAAGUUUUGAUACAAUUUGAUAAACAGCGUACGAGAUUUUUAAAUAAGUAAUAUAAUAGUACUUUCGUGCCAUGUUGUCAGAUCUUCGUUCGAAUAUUUGUGUUGCACUGUGCAAUCAUCAUAUUGAUAUCAUAAUUAUUAUUAAAUUAUUAGUGAGUUACGA